GAGGUUCUGCUGCUUUCCCAGCCCAACUCGAUUCCCGAUACUGAAAUUUCAAUCAAGAAAUCGGAGAAAGAUUUGCAGCGGCAUGGCAACAUUGCCGAUUUCAAGCCAUCAAUGCACUUGUAACCGUAUCAUAUCGGAAAAACGAGCUUAUCCUUCUUCGUCUCCGCCCUCCGUUCUGCUUCAGAGAUGCUCCACAAGAACUUCUCUGCCCAGCUGGGGAUCGUCUCCAUGGAAAAUCGACUGCAGGAGGUGGCGCGGCCAUGUCCUUCUUGUCCGAGCCGAAGAGAAAGCCAAGGAUGGUUCCUCUUCUUCCGUCGAGCAGCAAGCCAAAGAAAAGGCCGACAUAAAAUACCAGCAGGAACUGAUAUCAAAAUCUGGGAAAUGUGAUCCUAUAUGUUCUGUUGAUGAAAUGAGCUCCCAAGAUUUUGAGGCCACUUAUCAGCCAAAGACUGACUUGUUCAAGGCUCUUGCAGUUCUUGCAUCGGCUGCCGUUGGGGCAGUUGCAAUUAAUCACUCCUGGGUAGCUGCCAACCAGGAUGUUGCCAUGGCAUUGGUAUUUGGAUUAGGAUAUGCAGGCAUAAUUUUUGAAGAAUUUCUAGCUUUCAACAAAAGUGGUGUUGGCUUGUUGAUGGCUGUGAGCUUGUGGGUCAUACGAAGUAUUGGAGCUCCUUCAACUGAUAUAGCUGUUAAAGAGCUAAGCAAUGCAUCUGCGGAAGUCAGUGAAAUUGUGUUUUUCUUGCUUGGUGCAAUGACCAUCGUAGAGAUAGUUGAUGCUCAUCAAGGAUUUAAACUGGUUACUGACAAUAUAACAACUCGGAAGCCGAAGACUCUCCUUUGGGUGGUUGGCUUUGUGACCUUUUUCCUUAGUUCCAUCCUUGACAACCUAACGUCUACCAUUGUCAUGGUUUCCUUAUUGCGGAAACUUGUACCCCCAUCAGAAUUCCGGAAGUAUUUAGGAGCUGUUGUCGUCAUAGCAGCAAAUGCAGGUGGUGCAUGGACUCCCAUUGGUGAUGUUACCACAACAAUGCUGUGGAUACAUGGUCAGAUCUCCACAUUACCCACAAUGAAGGACUUGUUUAUUCCUGCUGCCACUUCUUUGGUUGUGCCACUGGCUAUUAUGUCCCAAACCAGUGAAGUUAAUGGUAAGGGACUAGACUCUCAUAAUGUUUUGGCAUCUGAGCAAAUGGCUCCUCAAGGGAAGUUGGUAUUUUCUGUGGGUAUUGGAGCUUUGGUGUCUGUUCCAGUGUUCAAGGCCAUCACUGGUCUGCCUCCUUACAUGGGUAUGCUGCUGGGACUAGGAUUUCUUUGGAUUUUGACAGAUGCUAUUCAUUAUGGUGAAUCUGAGGGGCAAAAGUUGAAAGUACCACAAGCUCUGUCUCGCAUUGAUUCUCAAGGAGUCCUUUUCUUUCUGGGGAUCCUUCUGUCCGUCAGCAGCCUGGAGGCUGCAGGGCUUCUCAGAGAAUUGGCAAAUUACCUCGAUGCCAAUAUACCUAAUAUUGAGCUGAUUGCAAGUGCAAUAGGUGUUGUAUCAGCCAUUAUAGACAAUGUUCCACUAGUUGCAGCAACAAUUGGAAUGUAUGAUAUAUCAUCAUUCCCCCAAGAUUCUGAACUUUGGCAGCUGAUUGCAUACUGUGCUGGUACUGGUGGAUCUAUGUUAGUUAUAGGCUCUGCAGCUGGGGUUGCAUUUAUGGGUAUGGAAAAGGUGGACUUCUUUUGGUACUUGCGGAAGGUGAGUGGUUUUGCUUUUGCCGGUUAUACUGCUGGUAUUGUUGCCUAUUUGGCGACUCACAAUCUCCACCUCUCACUGCCCACCGCUGUAGCCCAGGUUCCAUUCCUUUCCGGUUCAUAGAUCACAUGUAGCAUUAUUUGCAGUCAAUGAUGUUAGGUAACCUUGGAUUAUUGCACAGUAUCAGUGAUUUAGCCAGUAUUCCAAUAUUUUAUGCAAUAUGGAUGUAUGUUGUUUGUGCCUUUGUGGCAUGAGGGUGCUGGCUUCAGAAAAGCAUAUGUCCAGCAAGAUGCGGACCUAUUAUCUCAAGGGUCAAUUGAAGAGCUGUAAAAUAUGUUCAGAGCAAACACUGAACAUGCCCUUUGAUAGCAAUCAUCAGAUCACAACAGAUAUUACCAGGGUAUUCCUGAAAAGGAGGCAUUUUUGCUCUUAGUCUAAUAAAAUUACUGUUUUUAC